AUGUCAAAAAAAGGACGGAAUGCAUUACAAAGUGUCAGUUUACUGGUCUUCUUUGGAGUUUAUCAAUGCAGUGCUCAAUAUGUGGUCGACGUUAUGAGAAUGACAUCAUCAUUCGGCGAAGAAGAAUUAGUGCAUAAAUGUGCGGCGACAGGUGGAAACUUCGGUUUGGAUGUCGGCGAAUUCAUCAUCAGCGAGAAUAACUUGGGCUGUGGAGUUGGUGUCGAGCCAGCCGACGCUUGUGGACCAAUUAGGAUAUCCCAAAACCACACCACAAAAUGCCACAAUCUGUUUGCAUUCGUCUCCCGUAGUAACUAUGCCCACCCGUGCAAGUUUUCACAUCAGGCGUUUAUGGUCCAAAACUCGACAUAUCCAUUUCGAUUAGUGAUUUUCUACAAUUAUCCGGGGCAGGAUCCAAUUUCCAUGGAAGGUACCGAACUACGUGACAAAGUCUACUUACCGGUUCUAAUGAUUUCUCAUGCGUGCAAAGAAGAAAUUGUGAAGAAGUAUUCGGAUGCGGCGGGAUAUCGCCUACGCGUUCGCAUCGAUCCAGGCUACUAUGAGCUGUUUCGCUAUUUGAUUCCAUUUCUUGUGGUUAUUGUGUUCUGCUUCGCUCUUUUCCUUAUUACACUGUGCGUCCGUGCUUGUGUGGAAAGGAGGAAGUUGAACAAGAGACGUCUUUCGAAACGGAAUCUCAAGAAGAUUCCAGUCAAGAAAUAUCGAUUAGGUGAUGAUCCGGACACGUGUGCCAUUUGUCUGGAGAGCUUUGCUCCUGGAGAAAAGCUUCGUCAUUUGCCGUGUAGGCAUGUAUUCCAUUGCAACUGCAUCGACGUGUGGUUGACGCAAACACGCAAGAUUUGUCCUCUGUGCAAGAGGAAAAUCGGAUCCGACUCGGACAGCGAGUGUUCGGCAAGCGACUUGGCCAGCACGUCACAAGCCCCAAACGAUUCACUCGCCUUAUACAGUCAUUCUCACGAUCAGUCGGGAUUUGACGAGCUCCCGGUUCCGUCUGGACCGAUGCUGGACUUGUGGAGCUCUCAGGAAGCAUUGGUCGAUCAGGAUAUCGUGCUGCUCAACACCACUCGUCAAACGAUCUCUGGAUUCCUUCGUAACGCUUUCCGCCGUCUCAGACGUCGCUCGCAACAAUCGGGUACUACUGUCCAAAAUCAAGCAGGACUGGAACACGGAUCCUUUCUUGUCAGGCAAGAACCUCGAGCGGCCGAUAGUGAUCAUUUAUUGGAAAAUGAUGUCGAUUCAUUAGCCAGCUCUGAACUCAACCCUCCGCCCUCUCCAGAAAUUACCGUUUCAAGCUCAGCCCUCUCAUCUCAAAGUACGGAUACCGACACUACUGAAAUGUCUUCAAGUCCUACAUCUCAAACUUGUCAAUAA